CUCUCCUCGCCAUUGUCAUUCUCUCUCUCUCUCUCUCUCUUUCUCUCUCUUCGUGUCAUUGGGGAGAGGAAAUGGCCGGAAAUGAUUUGCUGUCGGGCUACUUGGAGGCUGCCAUUGAGGCCGCGCAGAAGGCUGGAGAGGUUAUUCGCAAAGGGUUUUACCAGACCAAGCAUGUCGAGCACAAAGGCCAGGUGGAUUUAGUCACUGAGACUGAUAAGGCAUGUGAAGAUCUCAUAUUUAACCAUCUCAAGCAGCGCUAUCCCACGCACAAGUUCAUUGGUGAAGAAACUACUGCCGCUUGUGGGAUCUCUGAGCUGACCGAUGAACCAACGUGGAUAGUGGAUCCUCUUGAUGGAACAACCAACUUCGUUCAUGGAUUCCCCUUUGUUUGCAUUUCUAUUGGGCUUACGAUUGGAAAAGUUCCUACAGUUGGCGUAGUAUAUAAUCCAAUUAUGGAGGAGCUUUUCACUGGUGUUCAAGGGAAAGGUGCUUUUCUGAAUGGGAACCCCAUCAAAGUGUCAUCUCAAUCGGAACUUGUGAAGUGCCUACUUGCGACCGAGGCCGGUACCAAGCGUGAUAAGGCAACGUUGGAUGCAUCUACUGAUAGAAUCAAAAGUCUACUUUUCAAAGUGAGGUCAGUUCGCAUGUGUGGAUCCUGUGCAUUGAACCUUUGUGGAAUUGCUUGUGGACGACUUGAUUUAUUCUACGAAACCGGCUUCGGAGGUCCCUGGGAUGUGGCAGGUGGAGCAGUGAUAGUGAAAGAAGCUGGAGGUCUUGUUUAUGAUCCAUCUGGUAAGGAUUUUGACAUCACAUCUCAGCGGGUUGCAGCCUCAAACCCUCUCAUCAAGGAUGCGUUCGUGGAGGUUUUGCAGCAAACAGAAUGAGAUGGGACCAACUAGUCGAGUGAAAUCUAAAAAGGAGCUCAAUUAUUUGUUAUUAUGAUAUAGAAACUAUAGUUUACUUGUUCUUCUGAACAACAUCAAGCUCUCUGAUACUGAAUUCCUUGACAAUGGGUUAAGGAAAUCUUGCUUCUUUAA